CAUCCUCCGAUUGCAAAAGGCUACUGCCUGAUAUCGGUAGGCAUAAUAUUAUAUACAUUUCUGUUUAUUACCUGCUUAGCCCUCCUAUAUCAUGAGUCCCUCCAACCAAGAAAGCUCUAAGGAGGGAAUCACAGGAAUUGAUUAUCCUGUCAAACGAUACAUAACAGGCCAUGACCUGAACACUGGAGAAAGCAUUUACACAGAUGCACCUGAGUUAUGCACUGCGGAAGUGCCUGGCUUUGGAAUAGCAUCACGCUCUUAUGCUACUCUGAAGCUACCUACAGAAUUGGCGGAUAAUCAAGACCUGAAGGCACACCUUUCACACGACUCUCUUACUAGCUACACCCGGAGUACGGAAUUUCUCGUUCCCUCAUCAGGAUUAAACACUCAAACAGGACAGGUUGAGCUGGGAGGGGCAAAUGUGAUAAAUCUUGACAUCGACCCCGGUGCGGUGGGUCAUAUGCAUCGAACAGUGUCUUUGGAUAUCUCGACUUGUGUGAUGGGAGAGGUAUAUCAUGAGCUUGAUAGUGGCCAAAAGGUCCUCUUAAAAGCUGGGGAUCACAUCGUUCAGCGGGCAACUAUGCACAGAUGGAUUAACGCCUCCAAGAAGCAUCGUGCUCGGGUAAUUGCAGUUCUUCUUCCAUGCGCCCCAUUCAAAGUCAAUGGUCAAUACGUGACAGAGGAGCAUAGAUUUGGUUAAUUGAUAAUACUUGGCAUAACUGCCACUGCCCUGUGGAAUUAUUACAACUAAAUCUCAGCAAUGUAAGAAUAUCCAUUAGCUGAGUUAAGUGUAUUAGUAUUCUUCAUUU